CGAGGGGCCCGCGCCGGGCCGGGGGGGCCGCGGGCUGCAGGGAGCCAUGAGGGCGGCGAGCGGCGCCCUGGGCAUGGACAGCGCCGGGCGGACCAGGGAGGCCUACGCGGAGUACCUGAGGAGCAUCGCCCUCAUCGCCCAGGCCCUGCAGGAGGAGGCGGCCGCCACAGAGAACAGCGAGGGGGUCACCCCGGACACCCCGAAACUGCUGAAGCUGGCGGAGCAGUGCCUGGAGAGGGUCAAAUCCAUCGCAGCGGCGCUGGGGAAGGCCCAGGUGAAAGCGGCUGCACAGGAGCGGGGCGGGGGCCCUGCGCCUCUCCCCCGGCACCGCCGCGUCUGCUCGGACGAGGGGGGCAAGCUCUCGCCGUUCCUGCCCCCGGAGAUCUUCCAGAAGCUGCAGAUCGCUGAGGCACAGAGCGCACGGAAGGAGCUGACCCCGCUGGAGGAGGCCUCCCUGCAGAACCAGAAGCUGAAGGCAGCCUACGAGGCACGGGUGGCACGGCUGAACCCAAACCAGGCUGUGCAGAAAACAUCCCUGACGCUGUCCCUGCAGCGGCAGAUGAUGGAGAACCUGGUGAUCGCCAAGGCCCGAGAGGAGACUCUGCAGCGCAAGAUGGAAGAGCGGCGGCUGCGGCUGCAGGAGGCAGCCAACCGGAGGUUCUCCAGCAGCGUGGCACUCACCCCCGAGGAGCAAGAGCAGCGAGCACUCUACGCUGCCAUCCUUGAGUAUGAGCAGGACAAUGACUGGCCAAGGCAGUGGAAGGCGCAGCUGAAGCGGAGCCCGGCGGAUCUCUCAGUGGUGUCAGGGCUCUUUUCCUGCCUCCUGAGCUGCCCCGAGCACCCCAUCACGCAGCUGCUGCGGCGGCUGCAGUGCGCGGUGUACGCCCGGCUCUACCCCGCCGUCAGCCGCGGCCCCGCCGACGCCUCCCCUGCCUCCCCCUCGGCUCUGUCCUUCCUGUCGCUGGACGCGGGGGGCUCCUCGCUGCCCGCCGAGCCGGGGGGCCGCCGGCUCCGGGCGUCCCGCAGCCUGCACUGCAUGUUCUCGGUGCCCGAGCACGGCCCGGCGCUGCGGCACAGCCAGUCCAGCACCCCCCUGGCCGACAGUGGCGCCCCGGGGCCCGCCGAGCCCCCCGAGCCCCCCCGGGAAAGCUCCUUCGAGGAUCUGGAGCGGUUCCUGGCGUCCCCCGAGGGCUGGGCCCCCGCAGAGCCCCCGGCCAGCUGCGGGCAGGACACGGCGCUGCCGGAGCUGCUGAAGGGCGUCGUGAGGGACAUCCACAACGCCAUCGACAGGCUGCUGGCUCUGACUCUGCUGGCCUUCGAGGGGCUCGGCACCGCCGCCGGCAAGGACCAGUGCCUGGCCUGCUUGGAGGAGGCUUUCUUCCCCCCGCUCUGGGCCCCGCUCCUGGCCCUCUACAGGACCGUGCAGCAGCCCCGCGAGGCGGCCCUGGCACGCAGCAUGGAGCGGCACCGGCACGCCAGCCCCGCCGACAUGGGGCUGGCCUCGCGCCUCUUCCCGCCCGGCCCCGGCCGCCCCGCGUACGCCUCGGCCGUGCAGGACCUGCGCCUCAUCCCGCUGGAGACCUGUCCCCGCAGGAAGCUGGAGUGCAUCGUGCGGGCCCUGCGCGGCAUCUGCGAGUGCGCCGAGGAGUACUGCGGCACCCGGGACGCCCGGAGCCUCGCCACGGCCGCCAUCGGGGCAGACGACCUGCUGCCCAUCCUGUCCUACGUGGUGCUGCAGACGGGGCUGCCCCAGCUGCUCUCCGAGUGUGCGGCCCUGGAGGAGUUCAUCCAUGAGGGGUACCUGAUCGGAGAGGAGGGGUACUGCCUGACGUCCCUGCAGAGCGCCCUGUCCUACGUGGAGUCGCUGCAGUGAGGAGGGGGCGGCGCGGGACCCCCACACCCCCGGGCAGGAUGUGUGCAGGCUCGGCGCUGCGGCAGGAGCACCGGCAGGACUACGGGCAGGAAUUCCGGCAGGAGUUCCACCAGGAGUACCGCCGCUCUCUGGAGCGGGAGCUCGGCCCCGCCGGGACCUGCCCCGGCCCCGC